UCCAUAAACGGCCUGGCAGCUGCUGGGAGUCCCAGCCCUGUCCACACCCUGUAACCAGCCCACAUGUACUCACGGCACCCCGCCCUGCCACAGCUCUCCACACUGCGUGCCCUCUUCUAACAGUGCCCCUUCUAUGCCAGCAUGUCGGACCCAGCACCCCAGGGCAAUGGCAACUUCAUGAGCGAAGUGAUCUCUUACAGCAAGACCAGGAAGGGGAUCCUCUUUGUAACAGAAGCAGUUCUCUGUCUCAUCAUCGUGAUUUGUUUUGCUGCCUCUCGAACUCCAGGGUACCUCGGGCUUGCUAUCACUGAACUAGUCUUCUGUAUCGUCUUUUUUGUGAUCUUUGCCGUUCACUUCAACCAGCAGCUUUCCUUCAUUCACUGGGGAUGGACGGAUUUCCUUCGUGCUGCCAUCGGUUGCCUCUUAUUUAUCAUUACAUCCAUUAUCUCCCUGAUUAACCAUGGUGAUGGGUCUGCUAUUGCCGGAGCAGUAUUUGGACUUAUAGCCGGCAUACUCUUUGGUUACGAUGCGUACAACACAUUUGCACAGCUCAGGAGGAAACAUCAACCAGCUGCAACUGAAACUACUGACGAUGUUUAAAGCUCAUGGUCACAAAGAUGGAGGUGUCUCUUUGAGCUACGUGCCACCAUAUUUUCCUCACCUUCUGUAUAGAGUUAACCGCGGUGAUGAUACCAGCUCUGGCACACAGGGUGUUAUCUGUACAAUGAAUAACAUGCAUUUUUGUGUAAUUGUAUAUGAAUACUUUAGUGUACAUAUGUGAACAGAUGAACAUGUUAAUGUAUUUGUGUGCUGACACGUUUCUGUCAUCGAAUUUAUCCACCAUUAGAACGUUACUUUUAAAAAAACAGUGACAUUUUUUUUUUUUUUUUAAUACAUUUCUCACAACAGAAUAA